AUGAUUAGGGUUGGAUUCUUUGGUGCAGAUGAGUUUAGUGCAGGGUGCCUUAAAGCAAUUCUGCCUUUACGUUUUCACACUCCAAAGAUCAUUUCACACUUAGAUGUGAUUACAAGGUCACCAAAGCUGACUGGAAGAGGUCUUCAGCAUUUGAAUGAAUUCCCAGUGGCGAAGUUUGCCAGUGCUAAUAAUGUUAAUGUAUUGAGAGCCGAGAAAAAUGUUGACUUUGGCAAUCUUCCAGAUUAUGAUCUCUGUAUUGCCGUUUCGUAUGGGAAGUUGAUUCCUUCAUCUUUUCUUCGUUCUCUUCCAUAUGGAGGCCUCAAUGUACAUCCGUCAUUGCUUUCACGGUAUUGUGGAGCUGCUCCUCUCCAAAGGGCUCUCUUAAAUCAGGAUGAUGUGACUGGAGUAACAGUUCAAACUCUUCAUCCAACGGAAUUCGACAGAGGUGCUAUCUUGGCAAGAGAUUCUUACAAAAUAAAGCCAUCCGAGACAUAUAGAUCGCUUGCAGAGGAAUUGUCCCGAAGAGGAGGAAAACUUCUUUAUGACAUACUGCUCAAUCGGAUGUAUGAUUGUAAUAUCCCGGGAUAUAUUACCUUACCCCCUGUCCUUCCCCUAUCAUACGCUAAAAAAGUUCAGCCAAGUGAACGACAGAUAAAUUGGUCGCAGUAUGACACAUUUAAGAUUGUAAGAAAUUUUAACACUCUUGGACAACUCUACACCUUUAAAGGGUACAAGUCUCGCAAGUCUCGAAACGGGGAGUUAAAGCUCCGAAGGGUUGUUCUUGAUGAUAUUCGUGAAGCAAAUGGAUAUUCUUUCACCGCUGGUUCAAUUCCCGGCUCAUUUAUAGUUGAUCCGGCCAAUAAGCAACGUCUAUUGAUCAAAACAAUUGACGGAAAUGUUAGUGCUGGUAUAAUCAAGGUUGAAAGUCUAGGAAGUGUAUCGGGAGAUCGAAUGUCCAAUCCAACAAAGAAGAUGUUUGGAGGCAUCUAUGAUAAUGUAUUUGUUUCUGAUAAAUAG